AUGUCGUCAAAGGAAGUCAUUGACCCAAAAUUACUGAGAGCUCAAAGGAGUUCCAAAAGUCGCAAAAAAAGAAAGCAAAAUGAAACGGCCGAGAACCCAAAAAGAAGAUGUCGCAACUUUCGACAAACGGCAAAACUUCAGCAUGAUGAAGCAGCUAAAGAGCCCAAUGCUUCAAAAUCUAAAGAAUCACAAACGGCCGAACAGUACCACAAACACGCGUUGCAUUUUUAUUCGAAGUGGAAGAAGGCAGAAGAAGGAAAUGUUCCUGUCCAGGAAGAAGGCACUUUAACAGAUUUACCGACGGUUAUUGGACGAGGGUGCUUCGGAGUUUGUAACAUAGCAAGAUACGGAGCGCGGCUAGUUGUUGUUAAAAAACAGCAAAACUACGCGUCAGGCAAGAACGAAGCGAAGAUAACCGCCAAGAUUAUACAUCCAAAUGUCGCUCGUCUUAUCGGCAUUGUGGAGCGUGAAAACAGAUGUGACAUCUUCACACCUUUCUACAAUGUAGAUGGCAAUCAGAAGAACUUGGCUGAUAUUUCAGCAGAAGGCGCGAUAAUAAACUUCACGAACGUGCUUAGUGGACUGUGCAGCGGGAUAGAGAAUAUCCACGAAAAAGUCAAGAUUUUACACAAUGACAUAAAAAUAAACAAUGUUGUACUGGAUGGAAAUAGUCUAGCCGAAGCAGAAGCAAUUUUAAUUGACUUUGCAAAAGCAAGAGAUCAAAUAAGCCCCAAGGUUUAUGUUACACCUGCUGAUAUGCAACAAUUCAAGCAUCUUGCGCCCGAGCUUGGCCAAGUAAAUGGCAAGCAAAGCAAGAAGUCCGACGUGUACUCUUUGGGGUUCCUAAUCAGAACCUUGAAAUACAAGUUUUCCGACUUUCCAUCAAUGUUUGUAAAAUUAUAUCAAUCCUGUCUGCGCACAAACACAUCCCUAAGACUGUCAGUGAGCGAUUUGUGCGAGCAGCUGUUGGAGGCCCUUCGAGAUGAGGUGAAAAACGGCGGUCAAUCGACGCUGAGCUCAGGUACACAGGACCCGGCAAAGGACAACCCGGACAGUACAAGCGAUAUGUGGACCUUGAUCGGCGAUGUUUGCGAUAAGUUCCAGGUGCCUCUUGCAUCUUUAUUCGCCGAUCAGGUGGACCAGAAUGUUGAAGUGGCUAAGGUGAUGAGCGAUAUCGCAGAACAGCUGCUGAGAAAAAAAGACCCGAAGCAAGCCCUGGAAGCAAUACUGGGGGACAGUGCCCCAAAAUUCUUUAAAUCCGUUCGUGUGCCCGAUUGGACGUUGCUUUACUUCAAGCUGCAGCCCCGGAUCCCAGACCAAGGAUGA